GAUUCGUUUUUGCCUUUCCCGGUGGAGCCUCUUAGGGGAUACAGGCCAGGAAAGGGUAGCCUGUCCUCCAGUUGGAAGAUCGGUUCCCUCCACCAGAAUCACUUCCUUGGUCGAGACGAGAAAUCACUCAAGGUCCAGUUUAACAAGAACAUACUUCACAUACCUGAAAGAUGAGUGACCAGGACAUCACUUACACAACUGUGAGAUUUCAUAAAUCUUCAGGGUUGCAGAACGGAGUGAGGCCCAGAGAAGCUGGCUACAGAAAGUGUUCAGUCUCCUGGAAGCUCAUUGUGAUACCUCUCGGAAUCUUUUGUUCCCUUCUGCUGGUAACUGUCACAGUGUUGGUAAUACACAUUUUUCAAGAGAAACAUGAACAGGAGAACAUUCUAAAUAACCUCCAUCAAGAGAACUACACAUUAAAAAGUAACAUCUCCUUAAAGGAAGAAAUGCUGAAAAAUAAGUCUAUAGAGAUUAAUUACCUCAAAGGUCAACUGGACUUCCUCAAAAGACAACGGAACAGAUGCCACGAGGAAACCAAGAUCAUUUUAGGUUGCUCACAACCCACAGAAAAAUGUGUUGAAGGACGCUGGUUCUGCUGUGGCAUAAAAUGUUAUUAUCUCAUCAAGGGUGAUAAGCCCUGGAGUGAAUGUUCACAUACCUGCCAGGAUUGCAGCCUAUCCCUUUUGAAGAUAGAUGAUGAUGUUGAACUGAAUUUACUUAAGCCCAAAUUUAAUCAAAAGAAAUACUGGAUUGGAUUAAGACGUAAUAGAACCAAAGGGAAAUGGCAGUGGAUUGGCAGUAGCUCAUCUAAACUAAAUUUGACGAUAAUGGAUUCACUACGUGUUCUAGGAGAAUGUGCAUACCUAACUUCAAUAGGUAUAGAAGGCGCUGACUGUGGAACAAAACGUGGCUGUGUAUGUGAAAAGAGACUGGAUAAAUUUCAGGGUGGAGUAUGAAGGAAAGACCUCAGUCGGCAGGGUAAACAGAGUGAUGCGCUGGAAAGGGAAAAAAUGUUCUGAAAUCUGACUUCACAGAGCAGAAGCCACCUUUUGUCCUGGUGAACAGAGCAGCUUGUGUCUGGAGAAUGUAUGCCUUUGCUCCAAGCCCUCAGGAAUCACUCUCUGUUUCCUGAAUGACAGAACCAAAUACAGAACCCUGAUAAUAGCAUACAUACUUCAUCAUCACUAGGAUAAAUCGUUUCUUUAUCCCAUUGUGCUGACAUCACAAUUAAGAACUAGCAUGCAAUUAUGGGUUUCUGUUUGUUUGUUACUUGGUUUGUUACUGCUUGCUUUUUUAUUUGCAGAUAGAAUUUAUCUUUAAAAAGCACUUACUUUCUGUAAAAUAACGUUUCAGACUUGAGUAGUUGCCAGUUGCUAGUUCAAUGAACCCAUACAACCUUUCCACAGUCCCUACAUGUUCUCACUCUCUCCCUCCCCCCUCUGACCCAAUUGAUGAUAAACUGAAACCCCAUAGUACAGUAGCAUUCAUUGAGGUCACCUGUAUGUGGUGGCCUACACUUACAAUCUUAUAAGAACAUUAUUUUGAAGACAGUCUAGGCUACAUAGUAAGUUUAUGACCAUGAACUAUAGUGUGGGACUCUGUGACAUGAAGUCUAAUAAUGAUGAUGUUGAUGAUGAUAAUCAUAAUACUAAACUGCCCAUAAAUAUUUUCUAGGACAAGUAAUUUCUUUCACAAUAUCAUACUGAAACAAUAAAACUGAAGAAAUAUAGUAUUGAUGUAAAAUAUCUUCUAAUCUGUAAUCUGUAUUCAUAGAUGUCAGUUUUCUGUAUCAUGCCAUUGUUGAUAUUUCCAGGAUUCACACACUUUGUUCACUUGUAAUGACUAUUAGUUCUGCAAUUCUUAUGAGUUUUUUUCUCUGACAUUAAAAAAUUAAACUCUU